AUGGCUCCAAAUGUAGUUACUUUAUCUGGUUUUUGCUUCAUCAUCAUUAAUGUGAUUACUACUCUGUAUUAUGACCCUACUUUGACAGAGGAAUCUCCACGUUGGACAUAUUUCUCUUACGCUUUAGGCUUAUUCCUGUACCAGACGUUUGAUGCGUGCGAUGGUAUGCACGCGCGCAGAACUGGUCAAUCGGGGCCUUUAGGGGAACUUUUUGAUCACUGUAUCGAUUCUCUCAACACCACGCUCUCCUUAUUCCCAUUUUGCUCGGCUAGUGGUAUUGGUUACUCGUAUUUGUUCAUUUUCAGUCAAUUUGCAGUCCUAUGCAAUUUUUACUUGAGCACUUGGGAGGAAUAUCACACUCAUAUGCUGUUUCUGAGUGAGUUCUCUGGUCCCGUCGAAGGAAUCUUGCUCAUUUGUUCGACUUUCAUCUUAGCUGGCAUCUUUGGGCCACAAAAGGUGUGGCACACGGAACUGGCGACUUUUAACUUUGGCACCUACACUUUCAAGUUUGAGACACUCGAUCUAAUGAUUGGAUUCUCUGCAUUAGGUUUAUUGUUCAACAUCAUUUCCGCGAGACGAAACGUCCUGCAGUACUAUAAAAAGGAGAACGGCGUUGACUGCAGCCAAAAGCAGUGGAAGGCAAUGAUCGGGCUCGCACCAUUCUUCUUUUACUAUGCCACUGUUUUCCUGGCGAUCCUAAUCGAGCCUAAGUUUAUGAGCUUUCCCUUUAUCGUGUCUAUAGGUCUCACGAUGGCCUUCGUUGUUGGUCGUAUCAUUAUCGCUCAUUUGACGAAGCAGAAGUUCCCGGUUGAUAAUCCUCCAAUGGCCAUACCAUUCUUCCAGAUUAUCUUCCACAGCAUUGCUACCCGUUUCCUGGGUUACAAUAACGACGCUGUUGUGACCGCUUUGGUUUGGCUUGGAUUUGGACUUUCAGUUGGCAUCCACUUGAUGUUUGUCAACGAUAUCAUUUACGACUUCACUGCAUACUUGGACAUCUACGCUUUGUCCAUCAAACAUCCCAAAGUCGCUUGA